UGUCGUCGGCGGAAGCUGCUUUCUCUGUCAGAGCGGGAAGAACGCCGCUUGUUGCACAUGUCAACAACCGGACUGUAUGUGACGCUGAGACGGACCGUCACCACCGGAUCGCUGUUAGGCCGCUCCGUAGGAACGUGUGAGUGUGUGUGUGAACAGCGGACUGUUGGCCCCUGUGUGUUUGUGCUGCAGGAGUCAUGCAGGCCUUUUUGAAAGGAGCGACGGUCGAGUCUAGCAGACCUCCGAAGGACAAGGCAGCAGCUGGGCCCAGUACAGAGAAGAAGGCCAAGCUGGUCCCAUGGGUGGAGAAAUACCGGCCUAAGUGUAUUGAUGAGGUGGCCUUCCAGGAGGAGGUGGUAGCAGUGCUGAAGAAGUCUCUGCAAGGAGCAGAUCUUCCCAACCUGCUCUUCUACGGCCCUCCUGGAACAGGAAAGACCUCCACCAUCCUGGCUGCUGCCAGAGAGCUUUACGGUCCACACCUGUACAGACAGAGGGUGCUAGAGCUCAACGCCUCCGACGAGCGAGGCAUCCAGGUUGUCAGACAGAAGGUGAAGAACUUUGCUCAGCUCACCGUGGCCGGGACCCGCCCAGAUGGGAAGCCGUGUCCUCCUUUUAAGAUCAUUAUCCUAGACGAGGCGGACUCCAUGACAGGGCCAGCUCAGGCUGCUCUCAGGCGGACCAUGGAGAAGGAGUCCCGCACCACCCGCUUCUGCCUCAUCUGCAACUACAUCAGCAGGAUUAUUGAGCCGCUGACCUCCAGAUGUUCCAAGUUUCGCUUCAAACCUCUGACCAAUCAGAUCCAAGAAGAGCGCCUUUUGGAUAUCUGUGAGAAGGAGAACCUCAAGUACACCAAAGAGAGCAUCGCGGCAUUGGUGAAGGUGUCUGACGGAGACCUGCGGAAAGCCAUCACCUUCCUGCAGAGUGCGGCACGCCUCAACAUGGACAAAGAGAUCACAGAGAAGGCCAUCACUGACAUAGCCGGGGUCGUCCCUGCCAAGAUGAUUGACAACCUCUUCCAGAUCUGCUUCACAGGCACAUUUGAGAAGCUGGAAGUUGCCGUGAAGAACAUGGUGGAUGAAGGCUACGCCGCCACACAGAUCCUGAGUCAGCUCCACGAGUCUGUCAUAGAGCAGGAUCUGAGCGACAAGCAGAAGUCAGCCAUCACGGAGAAGAUGGCGGUGGUGAGUAAGUGUCUGACAGACGGUGCAGACGAGUACCUGCAGAUGUUGAGUCUGUGUUCACUCAUCAUGCAGCAGGCCUCCCACAACAACUAGUUUCCCCGGGGAGAGGAGCGCCAUCAUCUUCCAGCAGGACGAGGACUUCAGACCUUCAUUCACUGUUUAGCUCACAGAUCUGGUUUGGAGCGUCCACCAGAAGAUUCCUGGUGAUGUUUCACUGUCAGAGACCACAGCUGUCCAGGUGUUACUCUGUAUUUAAUCAGAGAAUCUUUUGAAACCUCUGUUUAAAUCACCCAUCAUAUGUCUCCUUUAUGUAACUACUGACCAACAGAUCUUUGUUAACGUUUGCAUUUUGUUAAGGAAUAAAUAGUUUUUUAUAUUUUCA